AUGGACAGUCUGUACAUUAAAGGGGAAUUACUACAAGUUACAACUAAGAACAGUGAAGUCUAUGAAGGUCAUUUCUACAGUAUUACCAGUGAUAAGUCUAAAAUUUCUCUUUAUAAUGUUAAAGAGCUACCACAAGGGAAUGAAAGUGAAGGUAUAACACAUUACUAUAAUUCUGAAGUAACUAACAUAGUGAAACUUCAGAAACCUGACAUUCAGAAGCACCUAAAGAUCUCAGAGAAGGAAUGUGAAUUAAUUGUUAAUAUUGCAAAGAAGUACAUCUUUAUCAAUCAAGUGGAUAACAGUUUCCAUGAAGCUUUGGAAGACUUAAAUCAGUACAGUUAUGUAAGUGUGAGCUCUGACGGUUCAGCGAUGGGUCGCAAAUGCAAAAUGCCAUUUCUGGUUAUGGCUACUCAUCAGCAGAUUUACAUCUUUGACAUUCAAGUGAUGCAGUAUCACGCAUUUGAGGCUGGUUUACAGAAGCUCCUGGAGAGUGAAUUUCCAAAGAAAAUUGUGCAUGAUUGCAGGAAACUGUCUGACUGCUUAUAUCAUAAGCAUAAUGUGAAGUUGGCUUCAGUCUUUGACACUCAGGUUGGUGACCUCAUAAUCCAGAGAAAUAAACAAGGCCGCUUGCCUGACACAGUGAAAUCUUUGUCAGAGUGCCUCAACACUUAUCUCGGCCUGCAUUUAAAUGCCAUUGAAGAGAAACUUGACAUUCUACAGUGCACCGUUCGUCCAUUGUCUGCCACUAUUAAAGACACCCUUGCAAAGAAUAUAGCGUUCAUGCACCGUCUCUCAGAAAUAAUCAAUGAAGAAAUGAUGUUACCAUUUGUGCGGGGAGUGGAAUGCUUUGUGGAGAACCUGCGCUCCAGCGAUGACUUCAAAGCUUGGGAACUGUGUGGCAAGCAUCACCAACUACCAAAGGAUUUUAAGAGUGCAAUUGAGUAUUAAUUUUACUUUAAGAACAACACAUUCCUGUGAAAAUAAAAUGUAGUUGUAGGCCU